AUGGGUUACAACGCCUGUGCCCUGAGCCUUCUGCUUAGCCUUUCACUUGUCUCUGUCACACACGCUGAGAAUAUCACGAGUGAUGCUUAUUUCUACGGACAAUCUCCCCCAGUCUACCCGUCGCCGGAGGGUACUGGCUCUGGAUCAUGGGCCUUGGCUUAUCAAAAGGCCAGGGAGUUUGUGGGCAAGCUCACCCCCGAGGAAAAGGUGAAUUUGACAGCGGGAAUCUCAGUCAAAAAUGGGUGUUCUGGCAAUAUCGGACCGAUUGAUCACCUGGGAUUCCCUGGAUUCUGUGUCUCUGACGCUGGCAAUGGAUUGAGAGGAACCGACUAUGUCAGUAGCUGGCCUAGUGGGAUUCAUGUCGGAGCUAGCUGGAACAAGAAACUGGCCAACCAAAGAGGAGCUCACAUGGGGGCUGAGUUCCGCAAAAAGGGUGUGAAUCUUUUGCUUGGGCCUGUUGUCGGCCCUCUUGGGCGUGUUGUUGAAAGCGGACGAAACUGGGAAGGCUUUUCGACCGAUCCUUAUCUGGCUGGUGCACUCGUGUAUGAGACAGUCGAUGGUGUGCAAUCUUCAGGAGUGGGGACUUCAACUAAGCACUACAUAGCAAAUGAGCAAGAAACAAAUCGGAACCCAGAGAGAAAUAAACAGGGUGAGAGUAUGGCCGCAGUAUCUUCCAACAUCGAUGACAAAACCAUGCAUGAACUGUAUCUAUGGCCCUUUCAAGAUGCUGUGUUAGCUGGCAGUGCGUCGAUAAUGUGCUCGUACCAACGCAUCAACAACUCCUACGGCUGUCAAAACAGCAAGACUCUCAAUGGACUUCUCAAGACUGAACUGGGAUUCCAGGGUUAUGUGGUCACUGACUGGGGUGCUCAGCAUGCCGGGAUCGCAGGAGCCAAUGCUGGCUUAGACAUGGUGAUGCCCUCCUCAGAAUUGUGGGGUGAUCAUUUGACAACUGCAAUCUCCAAUGGAUCAAUGGAAGCCUCAAGGUUGGAUGACAUGGCUACGCGUAUUAUGGCGACGUGGUACCAGCUCAACCAGGAUAAAGGCAUUCCGAAUCCAGGCAUCGGAAUGCCCGCCGAUGUGGGCGCCGCCCAUGAGAAGGGACAUGUUCUGGUCAAAAACACGAACAACGCGCUGCCGUUGAGGAAGCCUGAUCUGGUAUCGAUGUUCGGAUAUGACGCCAAAGGGCCGGACUUUCUGGAGGUCUCAAUCGGCUAUACCAAGGGUACGCCUGCAACGCAAAACAGCACCUUGUACGUUGCAGGAGGCUCAGGUGCCAACUCAGCCGCCUACGUGGAUAGUCCCAUCGAUGCAAUUCAGCGCCAGGCUUACUCCGAUGGUAGCUCCGUCAUGUGGAACUUCGAUUCUCAGGACCCCGAUGUUGAUCCCACCUCGGAUGUCUGUCUGGUCUUCGCCAACAGCUAUGCCAGCGAGGGCUUUGAUCGUCCCGGGUUGAGUGAUGAUUACAGCGAUACUUUGAUCACCAAUGUGGCGAGCAAGUGCUCUAACACAGUAGUCGUCAUCCACAACGCGGGAAUCCGAGUUGUCGACAACUGGAUUGAGAAUGGAAACAUCACGGCAGUCAUGUUCGCCCACUUGCCUGGUCAGGACACCGGCCGCGCAGUUGUUGACCUCCUUUAUGGCCAUGCCAACCCAUCCGGCAGGCUGCCAUACACUGUGGCCAAGCAGGCAAGCGAUUACGGAUUGCUGCUGCACCCCUCUGAGCCUGAAGGGGAGUACUGGCUCUACCCACAGUCCGACUUUAGCGAAGGCCAGUUCAUCGAUUAUCGUGCAUUUGACUCCAAGGGAAUUGUUCCUCGAUUCGAAUUCGGAUAUGGACUGUCGUACACCACCUUCAAAUACUCUGGCCUUCAAUUACAGAAGAAGAGUACGCCUUGGUCAACGUAUCCGGCCGCAGCCAAGAUCGUGGAGGGCGGCAAUCCGCACCUGUGGGAUGAGCUCGUCAAGGUCUCUGCUGUUGUGCAAAACUCCGGCUCAGUCAAUGGAGAUGAGGUGGCACAGUUGUACGUUGGAAUUCCUAACGGUCCUGUGCGCCAGCUGCGUGGGUUCGAAAAGGUGUCUGUUAAUAGUGGGAAGAGUGCAAAGAUCACAUUUUCCUUGACACGAAGAGACCUCAGCACCUGGGAUGUCACCGCGCAGCAGUGGGCUCUUCAGAAGGGCCAGUACAAGGUUUGGGUGGGCCGUUCGAGUCGGAAUUUACCGCUUGAGAGUACUUUCGUCUUCUAG